GAUGAAGAAAUGGAGGCUCAGAAAGAUCUAGUGGCUUUCCUGAGGCCACCACACUGGCAUCAAGAGUAAAGGGCUUGGUGUAUGUGGCUGGAUCCUGUUUUCGUUUUCUUUCCUGUUCAUGAUCAUUACCUUCCCUAUCUCCAUAUGGAUGUGCUUGAAGAUCAUUAAGGAGUACGAACGUGCCGAUGUAUUCCAGCUGGGACGCAUCCAAGCUGACAAAGCCAAAGGGCCAGGUUUGAUCCUGGUCCUGCCUCGCAUAGACGUGUUUGUCAAAGUUGAUCUCCAGACCGUUAACGUGAACAUCCCUCCACAGGAGAUCCUCACCAGAGACUCUGUGACCACUCAAGUGGAUGGAGUGGUCUAUUACAGAAUCUAUAGUGCCGUCUCGGCAGUGGCUAAUGUCCACCAAGCCACAUUUCUGCUGGCUCAGACCACUCCGAGAAAUGUCUUAGGGACACAGACCUUGUCCCAAAUCUUAGCGGGCCGAGAAGAGAUUGCCCAUAGCAUCCAGACUUUACUUGAUGAUGCCACCAAGCUGCGGGGGAUCCAGGUGGCCCAAGUGGAAAUCAAAGACGUCCGGAUUCCCGGGCAGUUGCAGAGGUCCGUGGCUGCUGAGGCCGAGGCCACCCGGGAGGCCAGGGCCAGGGUCCUUGCUGCAGAAGGAGAAAUGAAUGCUUCUAAAGCCCUGAGGGCAAAUAUUUGCAUCUUAACAGACAAAAAUCUAGCAUAGGUCAUUCACGCCAGCCAGUAUCUGAGUCCAGGAAGUCACACAAAAUAGACACUUCACCAGUGACCCUACGUCUCCUGGACAGCGGCGCAGAGACUCGCCACAGGCCAGGGCAGCUGUGGCACUGAGGACCACCUGAGCAGGAAGUUCUUUUUUUUCCUUCAUCCAAAAGCCUGAACAUUUUCUAAAGAAGGGAUACUGCACAAACCCUGUGCUCACUUGCCAGCUUUCAGAUGAAUGAGAAUGCUAAUGAUUUAGUGAAAAUGCUAAUGGUUUCAAAACUAAAAAGGAAACAUUACUGGAAGAACGACAAAUCUCAGAGAGAGAAAAAAACAAAGCCCAUGAAAGAAAGAAGAAAAGAAAGGAAGAAAGGAAGGAAAAAGGAAAGAAAACAAAGUAAAAGUAGGUGUUGUUUCUACAGCAGUUGUUUUUGAUGUUGUUGUAUUUGUUCUUUAGCAAAACACAAUACUGAAGAAAAUGCACACAAAUAUCAGGGAAAAGAAAAUAAAUGCACUUGAAAGAUAGGGAAGAAAGCAAAACUGUUUAAAAGUUUGUAAAGUCAACAUUCUCAUUUUUCUCCCAAUAAAAUUAAAAGAGUCUCACAUUAGUCUAUUUUGUUUUAUCAACUUUAUUUCUAAAGACAGAAUCGGCUUUCUUUCCCUGUUUAAAAUGUUUCUGUGUAAUCUUUCUAGUAAAAACUGUAGGAAAAUACCAUGCACUUCUGUUUUAAAAUCUCUUAUCAAAAUAAAAAUAACUACUAAAAUCUCAGAGU